AACUAUACUCAUUGUGAAUGGCACCACAAUAAUUGUGAGAAGCAGCAUUGCGACUGACAAUAAAUGACAGCUGGUUUUGUAAACAAAGUAAAAAACAAAAAACAAUAACAGCCAGUCAUUGCAAAAAUUUUGAGUUACUUAAGGAAUAUUGAAAAUGUUUCAUUUUAACGGUUUCAAUAUGGAAUUCCUGGAUAAUGGACGCAGCUUCCAGGAAACAUACAAGUGCUUCCCCGUUGCCAUGUUGCCCGGCAACGAACGUGAAGAUUUAGAGCGUGGUGGCAAAAUUAUUAUGCCACCAUCAGCAUUAGAUGUGCUAACACGUCACAACGUUGAAUAUCCUAUGCUCUUCAAAUUGACUAAUCGUGCACAAAAACGCACCACACAUGCCGGUGUACUUGAAUUCGUUGCCGAGGAAGGUAAAUGCUAUUUACCCUUGUGGAUGAUGCAAAAUCUUUUGAUUACGGAAGGCUGUCCUGUACGCAUCGAGAGUGUCAGCUUGCCGGUGGCAACAUUUUCAAAAUUUCAACCACAAAGCACAGAUUUCUUAGAUAUUACUAAUCCAAAAGCUGUAUUGGAGAAUGCUCUACGUAAUUUUGCUUGUCUUACCACUGGUGAUGUUAUUGCUAUCAAAUAUAAUAAGAAAGUGUAUGAAUUGUGCGUGCUGGAAACACGUCCUGGGAAUGCGGUCAGCAUCAUUGAAUGUGAUAUGAAUGUGGAAUUCGAAGCUGCAAUUGGUUAUGAACCGAAUAAGCCGAAAACUGAGGAACCCCCAGUAGAAGAACCACAAGAUCAUGUUAUGGAGGAGGUAGUUGAGACUUUUAAGGGGUCCGGUGUGCGUUUAGAUGGCAAGAAAAAGAAAGAUAAUCAGCUAGACACCCCUGUAAUUAAAAGGUUGCUCGCUCGUGGUGUGCCCGAUUACGAUUACAAGUUUGGAUAUUUAAAGUUCGACCGUUCUAUCAAACCAAUCAGCGAACGUGUUCCCAAAAAGGACGGUGAAGAAGAGGAGCCAGAGACGUUCCAUGGUCAAGGCUUUUCAAUGAAGACACGCAAAUUGUAAAAUCAUAAUAGAUUAUUUAUACUAUCAUAGUUUAAGAAACAUUUUCGAAAAAUAAUGCAAAAUAAAUUUGUUCAUUAAACUUUAAUAACCACAAAACUCAGAAUUGCCUUAAUAUUGAAUGCUCUUCUACAAAUUCAAAGUUAAAUUAAUAACUUCGUCCUUUUGCUUGGGUGGUGGUGAUGCGAGCGACAUUGCAGGCAAUUUGCGUAUCUUUCUACCAUGUUUGCCUUCUUUCCGUUUCCAUAAACCAGAGCGUGGGCGAUUGCCAAGUAGACGCAUGCGUUGAGCGCUACCAAUAUGUUCUUUAUUGUGUUCAACAUUUGAUAGGCGACCUAUGUUAUAUAAUAGUAAUUUAUUAAUUUGUAAAUUGACUUAUUUAAAAGUCUUAUUAAAGCACUUACCAACUGUGGCCAUGCAAGUGCGAUCAAAUGCAAAUUCACGUUUUGACGGUAACUGAACCACAACCUUGUCAUCGAAUUUUCUUAAAAUGGUGCCAAAUGUACCGGCGGCGUGUAUCAAGUGAAAGGGAUAACCGGGAUUUUUCUCCAGAUUAUGUAUGCGUGUACCAACUGGUAAAGCGCCAAGUGGAUAGGCAUCACCUUCAUUGGGACGUACUGUGGAGUGCAUGAAGUUAUAUUUUAAUCAAUUAACUAUUUUUAUUAGACACAUUAACACACCUGGUAUACGUGGUAUAACACGCGAAGUUCUUAUGAUGUCACCAACUUUCAUAUUUUCUGUUGCUAGUAUGUAUUUAAGUUCAUCUCCUACACCAACAAGUGCUACUUUUGCAGUGCGACAACCAUCGUCGAUUAUUUCUAUCACACGCUCCUCUUGUGGUGGUCCUUCCGUUGGGCCAUCCCGUACCCAUUUUACCCAAUGAAAUUUCUGUUUCAAUCCACCACCUAUACCUUUGGCUACCAAGCGACCCGUCGCUGGAUCACGUCCUGCCAAAUGAGUGAUCUCCAAUGGUUUUAUGGUGUAUUCUUCUGGGUAGUGCACCA